GGCCUGACUGCUCUGAUGGGGUGGAGCGAAAGGGGAGGAGCGGGGAGGAGCCCUGGCUGGGAGCUCGGGAGCUAUCAUGAGUCUGGAGGGAGGCCUCUGCUUGCCUAGACGGCUGCUGGGGCGGGCGGGAGAGCAGGGCCGCUUGAUCCCGGCUGACAAGCACGGAUCAGCCGGCAGCCUGAUAUCCUGUUGCACUGGGCACAGGCGGAGGAUCCUUUCUGGAAAGAGCCUUUAUCCAGCCUGAGAACUAUUCCCCGCUGGGAAUCAUGGCUGCUCUCGCAACGGGUUUCUGUGUCUCUUCAGUCCUGUUGGUUAUAUGGGUUGGUGUCUGUUCUCCAGUCUGUGUGGAAGUCCCAUCAGAGACAGAGGCUGUCCAAGGAACUCACAUGAAGCUGCUCUGUAUCUCCUGCAUGAAAAGAGAAGAAGUUUCUGCAAGCACUGUGGUGGAAUGGUUCUACAAGACUGAAGGGGGGAAAGAUGAGCUGAUCUAUGAAUACAGAAAAGUACACCAUGAAUUUCCAAGCCGCUUCAGUGGCCGGCUACAGUGGAACGGGAGCAAAGACAUGCAGGACGUGUCCAUCACUGUAUUAAAUGUGACUUUGAAUGAUUCGGGGAUCUACACCUGUAAUGUCACCCGGGAGUUUGACUUUGAGAUUCAUCACCCACUCUUCACAAGCUCCAGAUUGAUCCAUCUCACUGUGGUAGAGGAGGCUGGAGAAGAUUUCACAUCAGUCAUAUCUGAAAUUAUGAUGUAUAUUCUCCUGGUUUUCCUCACCUUGUGGCUGCUGAUAGAAAUGGUCUAUUGCUACAGGAAGGUUUCCAAAGCAGAGGAGACUGUCCAGGAAAAUGCGACUGACUACCUCGCCAUUCCGUCGGAAAACAAGGAAACCUGCUCUGUGCCCGUGGAGGAGUAGCCAAGGGUAGAUGGGCCAUGACCUGCAAUAAGGAACUCUAAAGUUGGAAGGACCAAGUCACUCCAGCCAGGUUUGGGAGAACUCUACGGCACCAGAAGGAAAUAAGGGAAAGUGUGAACUCUCUUCCAUUUGCCUUGGACAUUGCACAGCCUUGACUUUGGCUUCAUGACUCCAUUUGCUAAAGGAUUCUCCUUUGAAGCAUGCUGAGCAAAGGGGGUUGGGGUGCAGGUGGCACUGCUCCUUCCUAAGUUUUGCCCCUGCUCAGCAAAUGGCCUUGUAAAUUCUAGUAUGUAUUACCCUCACCAUAUUCCUUUGCAAAAUAAGCUAAUUUGGCAUGUAGCACGUGGGUCUGUCAUAUUACCCUGACACACCUGGCCAUCAGCAAGGUCACUUUAGCACUGUGAUCAAUCUUUUGAUAAAGCCUGAACACUUUAAUUAUUAAAGAACAGAAUCCCGCUCCA